AUGGCUUAUGAGGAAGGCGCAGCUGCCCUGGGACUCCUCGAGCCGCAGCAGCAGCACUUAGCAGCUGAAAUACACCGAAGAAUCUGUAGACUCUUGGAGCCGUGUUCUCUACUGGCUCCUGAUGCAGAGCAGAGGCAAAAGCAUGAAGAAAGGCAGAAGCAGGUUUAUGACAGCCCCCAGACACAGCCAGCAGAGGCGGAGACGGAGGUUCGACUUCUGCUUCAGACGCACGCAACUUUGGCAGCCCUCCUUGACGAUAGGCUAAAGGGAUGGUCCUCAGCUCAGCCACAACUGCAGCCACAGCUGCAGCAGCAGCUACAGGCACAGCUCCAGCCACAGCUGCAGCCACAGCAGCUGAAACUGCAGCUGCCCAUGCAGCAACAGCAUCGGAUACAGCAACAGCAACAGCAACUACUCUUUCAGAGGAACCCGCUUCUACAGCUCCGCCAGAAACAGCUGCAGCAGCACCAAGUUGCUAAUCAAGCACAAACGCUUCCAAUCUUUUGCCAGGAGAAACAACAGCUGAUGCUGCAGCAACAUCACCUGAGCCAGCGACACAAGCUACAGCAGCAUCUGCUUCAGCAACAGCACCUUCAACAGCAACAACAACAGCUGCACCUGCAGUUGAAAGAAACGUCACAGUGGCGAUCCGCUGAAGAGAUACCCAACCCCCAGCAGACACAGAUCCCCCACAAUAUGCAGCAGCAGCAGCGGCAAGCGUGGGAGCAGAUGCAGCAAAAGCGCACGUGGCAGGAGGUUGCAGCCUGCAGCAGCUGCCGUUGA